AUGUCCAGCCCCCGCAAACGGCAGGCCGAGGCGCCGGGCGCCGGCAGCAGCUCGCCGCCGUCGCUCGCAUCCAGCCCCCAGCUCCCGCCGCUGUCGCCCGCCGUGCCCUUCGCCGACGAGGAGGACGAGAUCCACAACGACGUGGCGGACUUGCACGCGUCCGACAGCGAGGACGGCGACGACUUGAUGGACCUCGUGGCGCACGACUACCGGCGCAACGAGCAGCAGGACCACUACGACUUGGGCGCCGCGCACAUCGACGACGGCGAGUACCAGCCCAUGGACGCGGCCACGCGGCGGCGGCUCGAGGCGCAGUUGGACCGGCGCGACGAGCUCGUGCGCGGCAGCCAGGCCGGGCGCGCGCGUGAGCACGCGUUCUUGGACGACGACGCCGCGGGCGACGUCGACUCGCUCGGGUUGCCCAUCCAGCGGCGGCGGCGGCGGCAGGCCGACGACGAGGACGCGUUCAUGGACGAGCUCGGCGUGGACCCGUUCCAGGAGGAGUUGUCCUUGGAGAGCUUGGCGGACGUCAAGGCGCCGUCCGUGCGCGAGUGGAUCGUGCAGCCGGCCGUGGCGCGGUCCAUCGCGCGCGAGUUGCGGCUGUUCCUCUUGGAGUACACGGAGGCCGGGCGGCUGGUGUACGGCACGCGCAUCAAGCUCAUGGGCGAGCUCAACCUGGAGUCGUUGGAGGUGUCGUACCGCCACUUGGCCGAGCUGAAGGCCGUGUUGGCGCUCUUCUUGGCGGCCGCGCCGGCCGAGGUGCUCAAGAUCUUCGACGUGGUGGCCAUGCAGGCCACGGAGAUGCCGUACCCGAACUACUCGCAGAUCCACCCGGAGAUCCACGUGCGCAUCCUGGACUUCCCCACGGUGCUGGCGUUGCGCGAGCUCCGCGAGUGCCACUUGAACCAGCUCGUCACCGUGGCGGGCGUGGUCACGCGCCGCACGGGCGUGUUCCCGCAGCUCAAGUACGUCAAGUUCGACUGCCUCAAGUGCGGCGUGGUGCUCGGCCCGUUCGUCCAGGACGCCAGCACCGAGGUGCGCGUGGGCUUCUGCACCAACUGCCACGCCAAGGGCCCGUUCCGCCUCAACGCCGAGAAGACGCUCUACCGCAACUACCAGCGCGUGACGUUGCAGGAAGCGCCGGGCUCCGUGCCGGCCGGCCGCUUGCCGCGCCACCGCGAGGUCAUCUUGCUCGCGGACUUGGUGGACCUGGCGCGCCCGGGCGAGGACGUCGAGGUGCUGGGCGUGUACCGCAACAACUACGACGGCCACCUCAACGCCAAGAACGGCUUCCCCGUGUUCGCCACCGUGCUCGAGGCCAACCACAUCCGCCGCAAGGACGCCAAUGCCGGCGGCCUGGCCUCACCCGCCGCGUGGCUCGAGGACGACGAGAAGGAGUUCCGUCGCCUCCUGCGCGAGCGCGGCAUCAUCGACAAGAUCGUGGCGUCCAUGGCCCCGUCCAUCUACGGGCACCGCGACAUCAAGACGGCCGUGGCCUGCUCGCUCUUUGGCGGCGUGCCCAAGGACAUCAACGGCAAGCACUCCAUCAGGGGCGACAUCAACGUGUUGUUGCUCGGCGACCCGGGAACGGCCAAGUCGCAGAUCUUGAAGUACGCGGAGAAGACCGCCAGCAGGGCCGUGUUUGCCACGGGCCAGGGCGCGUCCGCCGUGGGCCUCACGGCCUCCGUGCGCCGCGAUCCCAUCACGCGCGAGUGGACCUUGGAGGGCGGCGCGUUGGUCUUGGCCGACAAGGGCACGUGUUUAAUCGACGAGUUCGACAAGAUGAACGACCAGGACCGCACGUCCAUCCACGAGGCCAUGGAGCAGCAGCUGAUCUCCAUCUCCAAGGCCGGUAUCGUCACCUCCUUGCGCGCUCGCUGCGCCAUCAUCGCCGCGGCAAACCCCAUUGGCGGCAAGUACAACUCCACGCUCCCGCUCGCGCAGAACGUCAACCUCACCGAGCCCAUCUUGUCGCGUUUCGACAUCUUGUGCGUGGUGCGCGACGUGGUCAACGCGGAGCUGGACGAGCGCCUCGCGUCGUUCGUCGUCGACUCGCACAUGCGCUCGCACCCGGCCCACGACGACGUGGCCGACGACGCCGCCGUGGACGGGCCGGCCCACGUGCUCCGCGACCGCAUCGCAGAGAGCUCCAAGCUGCGCGAAAGCGAGAUAUCGCCCAUCCCGCAGGAGCUCUUGGCCAAGUACAUUGCCUACGCACGCUCGCGGGCGCUGCCCAAGCUCCAGCAGAUGGACAUGGACAAGGUCUCGCGCGUGUACGCGGACUUGCGGCGCGAGUCCAUUUCCACGGGCUCAUUCCCGAUCACCGUGCGCCACUUGGAGAGCAUCAUUCGCAUUGCCGAGGCCUUUGCCAAGAUGCGCCUCUCGGACUUUGUGAGCCAGAGCGACUUGAACCGCGCCAUCAAGGUGAGUAUCGACAGCUUCGUGGGCGCGCAGAAGAUCACCGUGCGCCGCCAGCUCCAGAAGUCGUUUGCCAAGUACACCUUGCCGAGCUGGAAGCAGUGA